GGAUUCUCACCGAGUAAGUGAGUUAGGGAACUCUUGAGCAACCCCAUAAAUCGGUUCGGUGCCUUGAAUCUUCCCCCUCUUUCUCCACAUAAAGAAAAAAAAAUGCUUCGCAAGACUUGUGUGAUCAGUGCCCCGUUCAAGAGUGUCUUGCGGCGACAUAAGUUCCACCCUGAAGGGUUACCACUCUACAACGACAUGUCUAAGCAGUGGCUUUGCCGUGAGGGCGAGCGAUGGUGGGUUUUAGAUGCCAGUGGGGUGCAGCUCCCGCACGUCGCGGCCGUCGCGAGUCAGUAUAUGACGGGACAGCAUCGACCCGACUUCACCCCCGGCAUGUUGACAGGCGAUCACGUUAUCAUUAUCAACAUCAAAGAUGUCGUCAUGACGGGGGAUUCGUGGAUACGGGUACCGAUCACAUGGCAAACGGCUUACCCGGGUGGUAAGUACCGCGUUCGCCUUUCUGAGAUGUAUGAACGUGAUCCAUGCAUGAUCAUGUGGUGGUUUCUAAAGGACGAGGUCAAUAAACAUUUUGUAAGGAAACUCAAAACCCGUGUCGCACCACUGGAAAAGGCAUGGCUGUACGAAGAUAGCAUCCACCCGCAUGCCGACAAAAAUCCUCGCACCCUGAUUAUGAAUGACUUGGAGUUAAAAGGGUGGAAAUACAGGGAUCCAUUGUUUCAGCAACGCUGGAAACCAAAUCAGUUUAUGAUAUGAUGGGAUUUCCGUUUGCUUUUCUGUUUCUGGUGCGUACGUCCAUGUGUGUGGGUUUGACCAUAAGGGGGACACCUUUCCUGUUCUUUGGGAAAUAGCGAGUCUUUUUGUUUUGCAUUCUCUACACGGUUAUUCCAUGU